UUCAGUUUUUAUUUUACCUCCCAAGAGGACGGACGUAAUUACCGCCACGUAUUCCAUCAUUUUUAUGGGAAUGUAAAUUUAUUUUAUGGGUUUUGAGGUUUAAUUAUUUAUUGCACAUAAGAGUACUGAUUUAUUGCAUGGAAAUAAAUUUUUUUUGACCGUUAAAAUGCUGGAUAAACAGAUUGAUUGUGAGCAUGUUGGAUGCGCGUCGGGAGACGACUUUAUGAGGGGUGUUAAAAGGCUAUCAGUUAAAUUAACCGAAGCUGUGACUAAAAAACCUAAAGAACGUAAAGGAUGGGCCAAUAAAGCGGAAUUUGUUUUAUCGUGUAUGGGAUACGCGAUCGGUAUCGGAAAUGUCUGGCGAUUUCCAUUUUUAGUUUAUAAAAAUGGGGGUGGUUCAUUUUUGAUUCCAUUCGUUAUAAUGUUGAUAACAAUGGGCAUACCGAUUUUCUAUUUGGAAGUUGCUGUAGGGCAAUAUACCGGUUUAGGGCCAUUUGAAAUUUACAAAAGUCUAGCACCAGCUUUUGGCGGCGUUGGAAUAUGCACAUUAAUUGUUAUCGCACUAGUUAGUAUAUACUAUAUGGUUUUAAUGAGUUGGAUAUUAUCUUAUAUUGUUGCGUCAUUUUACCCGAAACUUGCAUGGGCAUACUGCGACAAUGACUUUAAUACUCCUGAAUGCUACAGUCAAUUACAGGACAUGGAAUGUCAGCAACGAAAUUCAUCAAUGAUAUUUUUUAAUAAAACCUGUUUGUCGAUAAAAGAUGUCUGUUUGAAAUUCGGAUAUUUGGACGGUGAUAAAAAUGAAAAUUGUCAUGACGGUGAUAAAAUCGUACCUUUAAAAUCUCUGUACAAAAGAAUCUUGUCUAGUGAACAAUAUUUCAAUGAUUAUGCACUUGGAGUAAACGGGGCAACAUGGGACAAUUUUGGAACAAUAAAUUGGCAAUUAUUUUUAUAUUUAUCCCUAGGUUGGAUUAUAGUUUUUGUUUGUUUGUCUCGUGGUGUAAAAUCUGCGGGUAAAGUUGCAUAUUUUACAGCCUUAUUUCCCUAUGUCAUGCUGACAGCUGUUUUAAUUCGAGGUGUCACACUAGAUGGCGCGAUUGACGGAAUCUCAUAUUUUAUAAUUCCAAAAUUUGAAACUUUGAAAAAUGCGAGUGUUUGGGGCGACGCUGCAUCACAAGUUUUUUAUUCACUUGGCAUUGGAUGCGGGUCAUUAAUAACAAUGUCCAGUUUUAAUUCAUUCACUAAUAAUUGUUACAGGGACUCACUUUUGAUAGCAACGGCAAAUAUAUUUACUUCAGUGUUCGCUGGGUUCGCUAUAUUCUCAAUUCUCGGGUAUUUAUCAAAACAAAUGGGAAUGCCUAUAGAAGAUAUCGCUCAAGAUGGCGGAUUGAGUCUUGCGUUCAUCGCGUACCCCGAAGCCGUCACUCAAAUGCCCUGGAGUAAUUUAUGGGCCGUUUUGUUCUUCAUUAUGUUGUUUAUACUCGGUCUCGGUAGCCAAUUUCCAGGUGUACAGGCAGUCAGUACUGCAAUUAUCGACGCAAAGCCAUCGCUGCGUGAGAAAGAAGGCCGGGUAAUUUUCUUUGUGUGUUUCUGCGGCUGGUUAAUGGGCCUGCCGAUGAUUUUUAGCGGCGGGGUCUAUUUGUAUAAACUGAUGGACUGGAACACCGCGUCAUGGGCAGUAUUAUUGAUCGGUAUUUUUGAAAUAAUCGUGCCCUGUUGGUUCUACGGUUGCGAUAAAUUUAUAAAAAACAUCGGGGAAAUGAAAAUGUAUUUCAAUAAAUUUUCAUAUUUCUACUGGUGGAUUAAUUGGGUGAUAAUUGCACCCGCAACUUGUUUGGGUAUAUUUAUCUAUCAAAUGAUUAUGUAUGAGCCGGUGACUUAUGGGGCCUAUAAAUUUCCUAGCUGGGCUAAUUUUAUCGGAAUAUUAAUUGGCCUGAGUACACUGGCACCAUUACCGAUUUAUUUUAUUUACCGCGUUUACAAGGGACCGAGGAACAUGAGUUUAUUUAAAGUCACGAAAAAUUGGGGACCGUCAAAUAAAAGUGAAUGGCAGACCUAAGAAAUAUUUAACGCAAUCAAAUUUUAAAUUACCGACAUUUUAAUUAAAAAUUUAAUUCGACGUUACAUUAAUAAAAAAAAAAAUUAAUCAAAUAAAAUUUUAAUAUUUAUACUGA